AUGACUGGAAAUGCAGUUUUUCUAGCACCUUGCUUGUUUUGCAACCUCUUGGCACUCUCUCUCCUCUCAUGCAUUCUUUCAAACCCAACUGGUUUUAGCUUGAAGCUCAUCUAUGGAGAUUCCCUAGAGUCUCGUUUAUACAUGAGGAAACUUAAUAAUCUUGAAAGAUUUCAAACAGACGUUGAAAUCUCUAAAUCUCGAGCUUCUAAUUUGAAGUUGAUAGGCAAAACUAGUGUCGGAAAUGGUACUCUUCUUCCAGAUAUCAUCCGCCCUUCCCUGACCUAUCGCGAUCGUCUCUAUACAGUGGACAUAGAUUUUGGCACCCCUCCAAGGAAAGGAACCUUUAUUUUUGACACAGAGUAUUUAAGUAGACAGUCAUCAAAAGGGGUUGCUUCCUUAGAGACUUUUACCUUCCCAUCCAAUACCCGAGCCCCUAAAAGCAUAAGGGACAUAGUUUUUGGUUGUGGAUUCGAUAAUCAAGGAUCUUUAGGCUCUGAUACCUCGGUUAGUGGUAUACUAGGAAUGGACAGAUCCCCUGUUUCUCUAGUAAGUCAACUAGGUGUCAGUAUCAUGCGACGAUUUUCGUAUUGUUUGCCAGCAUUUGACUCUCGUUUUAGAACUUCAUUUCUAAGAUUUGGCAAUGACAUUGUUAUAAAAGGAGGUCAUGUCCAAACAACACCCUUUCUCAGAGACACAGGGUACAAACUGAACUUAAGUGGUAUUAGCAUUGAUGGGAGAAGAUUAGUGCUCCCACCGGGGACCUUUAGCGGUGGCUGCGUCAUCGACUCUGGUGGAACACAGAGCAUCAUUGAACAAAGAGCUUACACCCUUUUGCUAAAUGCAUUUGUUGUACAUUUUGUUCGAUUUAGAAAUCUCAAGAGAGUUGCUGAUACAAAGGGUACAAGAGAUCUUUGCUACAGAUACUCAGGAGGGUUCAAUGGUUUUCCAAGCAUGACAUUUCAUUUUCAAGGAGCUAAUCUUGAAGUUCCAAGGACAUCAUUGUUUAAGCUAGAAAGAAGCACAUUUUGUCUUGAAAUGAAAGGGCAUCCAAGUAAAACAAUUUUAGGUGCAUACCAACAACAGAAUGUAAGGUUCAUAUAUGAUAUUGGCAAUUCAAGCCUCUCAUUUGUUAGGGAGGACUGCUCAAAGGAUCGUCGAGCUUGA